AUGGAACAGUCGAGUUUUGUCAAGACUGAGAAUUUACCAUGGACCGAUAUUGAGUUAUUUGAUGGUGUCGAAUUGAAAAUACCUUUUGGAUUUAAAGUGGGUAGUGAAAGUGGAAUUGUCUUCUUGUUUAGUCCCAUUCAGCAAUGUUAUCAAGACGUUAUUUGUGAUAAUUUUAUGAUUCAACUUUUAGUGACUGAUUCGUCACUUGUUAAAGUUGCAACUUCGAUUCAAAAUCAAUUUAGAGAAAAGAAACAAUUAGAAUUGGUCGAAGAUUUAGAAUUGAUUGAUUUGGAACUUGGUUCUACAUUAAUUUAUGGCUAUCGAUUUGAAGUGAAAUUUGUCGAAGAAAUCAAAGGUUCAGUGAAUACUAGGAAUGUGUCACAACUGGUCGUCGUAUUUAACGGAGUAGAUGCUGGACAAAAAUUUGUAUUUACAUAUACAAGCACUACGGGACUACCUUGUCGAUCUCUCUUUCUUCAAAUGAUUGAAACCUUCUCUAGUUAG